AUGGCUGCAACGAUAGCCCUGGGACAUCCGCUCCGCAUCAAGACACUUUUGUGUAAAGUCAACAAGUUUAUUCGAGGAAGUGUAAUAGCAGACACUACAAUUACGGCGUUGACCGGAGACGAUGGCCUUAUUUUCACGACUGCAGAUGUUUCUGAGGCCAUAACACUGGGCUCAACGAUGCUCGAGACCACUGUCGGUUCUGUCACCUCGGACAUCUCAGGUCAGCUAUAUUUUGCAAAGCGAGUUAAUCAUGAGACCAGAUGA